AUGCCCCUCCUGGCUAAGCACAUGCCGAUGAGGAGUCCUCUACACAAUGCAGUGCGGACGCUACGGUUUCAAUCGACACGAUGUCCUACCAACUUUUACUAUAAGAUCAGAUACUCUGCUGCAGUGGCCGCUCGCCUUCAUUGCACAUCAGAUCAUCGUCACCCGAGAUUACCGAGCCUCGAAGCACCGACAUCCUACGGGCCGAAUACGGUUGCGAAAAUCCAGACACGAGCUCUCCGUCAAUCUUCAUAUAAUAAAUCAUCAGUACAGUUAGCAGCGCCAGCAUCUGCGCCAGCACUGUAUUCUCCACCGCAGACCGGCCUCCUGUCCUACCUCCCCAAAUCUUGGAUACCGUACGCCGAACUCAUACGUCUGGAUAAACCUACCGGAACGUACUAUCUCUUUUUCCCAUGUCUUUUUUCGACGCUGCUUGCCGCUCCACUAGCUACGCCAAUGGCAUCACCCGCAGAAGUACUCGCAUAUUCAGGGCUUUUCUUCAGCGGUGCGUUAAUCAUGCGCGGGGCGGGUUGUACGAUCAAUGAUCUUUGGGAUAAGGAUUUUGAUCCCCACGUGACACGCACGCGCUUCCGACCUAUUGCACGAGGUGCAGUGACUCCAGAAAAGGCCAUCGUAUUCACCGGAGUACAACUUUUAGCAGGCCUAGGAAUACUCCUUCAAUUUCCUCUGCAGUGCUUAUACUACGGCGUUCCAAGCCUGUUAUUUGUCGCAACAUAUCCACUGGCCAAAAGAGUUACAAACUACCCACAGGCAGUCCUUGGAUUGACAUUCUCCUGGGGUGCUGUCAUGGGAUUCCCAGCUCUCGGUGUGGAUCUACUGAACAAUACCGAUGCUCUACUAUCUGCCGCGGCUCUCUAUAGUAGCUGUGUGGCCUGGACCGUGCUAUAUGACAUGAUAUAUGCGCAUAUGGACAUCAAGGAUGAUGUAGCUGCCGGUAUUAAAUCUAUAGCUCUCCGACAUGAACACAAUACCAAGACGGUCCUCUCGGGGUUGGCUGUCACUCAGGUAUCACUACUUGCACUUGCCGGUUGGGCUGCUGGUGCCGGACCGUUAUACUUCGCAGGCACUUGCGGGAGUGCUAUUAUGUCACUUGGUAUUAUGAUUUGGAGAGUCCGUCUAAAGGAUGUCAAGAAUUGCUGGUGGUGGUUCAAGAAUGGCUGUUGGAUUACCGGUGGAGGUAUAGCAUUGGGUCUGGCCGGAGAGUACCUUGCCCAAUAUUCGGGGUACUAUCAGAACGGGGACGAUGCGAGGAAAGAGGUUGAUGUGGUGCGCUCUUAG